UCAUCCUAAAAGUGGUUGAGUACCAUAGUUAGCUAUUGUAUGAGUUAAAUCUUUUUCUUUGCACAAAUGGCUUCUAGUUCCUCAUCCUCUCGUAAUUGGGUAUACGAUAUUUUCCCAAGCUUUAGCGGGGAAGACGUCCGCAUAACUUUCCUCAGCCAUUUUCUCAAGGAACUAGAUCAGAAGUUGAUCAAGACUUUCAAAGACAAUAAGAUAGAGAGAAGCCACUCGAUUGCCCCUGAGCUUGUAAGGGCGAUAAGGACUUCCAAGAUCGCGGUGGUUGUGUUCUCGGAAAACUACUCCUCUUCUAGUUGGUGUCUCGAUGAAUUGGUGGAGAUCGUGAAAUGCAAGGAAGAGUCUGGUCAACUAGUUAUACCAGUUUUCUACGGUUUAGAUCCAUCUCAUGUCAGGAAACAAACUGGAAAAUUUGGAGAGGCUUUUGCAAAGACUUGUCAAAUCAAAACAAAAGGAGUGCAAAAACAAUGGCAGCACGCGCUGAUCCUUGUUGCAAAUCUACUCGGAUAUCAUUCUCAUAACUUCAAUAAUGAAGCAACAAUGAUUGAAGUAAUCGCUAAUGAUCUUUUGGGAAAACUGAAACUGACUCCAUCGAAGGAUUUUAAGGACUUUGCUGGUAUCGAAUAUCAUAUAGCGGAGAUGAGUUUAUUGUUACAUUUGGAAUCCGAGGAAGCGAGGAUGGUUGGGAUAUGGGGUCCAACGGGAAUUGGCAAGACUACAAUUGCAAGAGCUUUAUUUAGUCGACUUUCUCGUCACUUCCAAGGUAGGAUUUUCAUAGACAGAGGUUUCAUAUCUAAGAAUAUGAAAAACUUUAGUGGAGCUAACCCUGAUGACUAUAAUAUGAAGUUGAGUUUGCAAGGAAAGUUUUUGUCUGAAAUUUUAGGCACUAGACACAUACAAAUAGAUCAUUUAGGCGCUAUUGAAGAUAAACUAAAGCACCAAAAGGUUCUUAUCUUUAUUGAUGAUGUGGAUGAUCAAGUGGUUCUAGAUACUUUAGUUGGUGAAAUUGAGUGGUUUGGAUGUGGAAGUAGAAUUGUUGCAAUUACAAAAGAUAAGCAUCUUCUAAGGGCCCAUAAUAUCUUUCAUAUUUAUGAGGUGUGUCUCCCAUCUCAAGAACUCUCUCUUGAAAUGUUUUGUCGAUCUGCUUUUAAGCAAAAAUAUCCACCAGAUGGUUUCAUGGAGGUCGCUUCUAAAAUUGCUAGGCAUGCCGGUAACCUUCCUUUGGGUCUUAAUGUUUUGGGUUCGUAUUUACGGGGUAUAGACAAAGAGGAGUGGGUGGAAAUGCUACCCAGCCUUCGUAGUAAGCUGAACGGAAAAAUCGAGAAAACACUAAGAGUUAGCUACGACGGGUUAAAUAACGAAAAAGAUGAAAAGAUAUUUCGUCAUAUUGUAUGCCUCUUUGAUGGUGCAAAACUCAAUGAUAUCAAGCAGAUGUUAGGAGAUAGUGACUUGGAUGUUACUAUAGGGCUAAAAACCCUUGUUGAUAAGUCCCUCGUACAUGUAAACCAUGAUACUGUGAAGAUGCACACUUUACUACAAGAAAUGGGAAAAGAAAUUGUUCGUGCACAGUCCAAUGAGCCUGGAGAACGAGAAUUCCUUGUUGAUUCGAAGGAUAUAUACAAAGUACUUAAAUAUAAAACUGGUACUGAAAAGGUUUUGGGCAUAUCAUUGGAUAUUAAUGAGACUGAUGAAUUGCAUAUACAUGAGAGUGCGUUCAAAGGGAUGCAUAAUCUAUGUUUCAUAACAAUUUACAUUAAAAAAUGGGACUAUAAGAAGGAAGUAAGAUGGCACUUAGCGGAAGGCUUCGACUAUUUCCCCCCGAAACUUAGACUAUUGAGGUUGGACGGAUACCCAAUGAGAUGUUUGCCUUCUAACUUCCGUCCUGAACACCUUGUUAAGCUUACAAUGCGAAGGAGCAAGCUCGAGAAGCUUUGGGAAGGAGUUCAUUCACUUACAGGACUCAAAGAUAUGAAUUUGGAUAUAUCUAGAAAUUUGAAAGAACUCCCUGAUCUUUCUAUGGCCACUAAUCUCGAGGAACUUUAUCUUGGGUAUUGCUCGAGUUUGGUAGAACUCCCUUCCUCUAUUCAAUAUCUACAUAAACUGAAGACUUUAGAUAUGUCAUUUUGUGCAAAUCUAAAGACUUUGCCUACCGGAGUGAACCUCGAAUCUCUCGAUCGGCUUAAUCUCAUGGGAUGCUCACGGUUGAAGAGUUUUCCUAACAUAUCAACCAGCAUCUCAAAGCUCUAUAUGUGGGAAACAACAAUACAAGACUUACCCUCAAACUUACAUCUAAAAAAUCUCACUGAACUUAAUAUGUGUGGGUUGAAGAGUCAACAAUUAUGGAAAAGAGUUCAGCCGCUUACACCUCUCAUGACCAUGCUAGCCUCUACUUCUUUGACGAGGCUAUGGCUCUCCGAUAUCUCAAGUUUGGUGGAGCUUCCUUCAUCUAUUCAAAAUCUUAGUAAUCUCAAAGAGUUGAGUAUUACAAAGUGCAUAAAUCUUGAGACUCUUCCCACUGGAAUCAACCUUGAAUCACUCGAUAUCCUAAUGUUUAGUGGAUGCUCAAGACUCACAAGUUUUCCCAAUAUCUCAACCAACAUCUCAACGCUUGAUCUAGAAGGAACAUCAAUAGAAGAGGUUCCAUGGUGGAUCGAGAACUUCCAUAAGCUCAAAUAUCUUAUACUGGCAUAUUGCAACAAGCUAAAAUAUGUUUCCCUAAGGAUCUUUAACUUGACACUUCUUGACACAGCUAAGUUUCUAGACUACGGAGCAUUUAUUGAAGAUAGCUUCAGCUUUAAUAUUAGUCCAAGUGUGGCGACAAGCAUUGACGACACUUCUCUCGUUCUGGAUAAUUGUUUUUCAAUAGUCAAGCUCAAUUUUAUCAACUACUUCAAUUUGGAUCAAGAAGCUCUGAUUCAUCAAGAAUCAGUAUUCAAACAGAUGAUCUUGAUAGGUGAAGAAGUGCCUUCAUAUUUCAUCCACCGUACAACUGGAACCUCUUUAGCUAUCCCUCUACUUCAUCACAUCUCUCCCUCUCAACCAUCAUUCAGAUUCAGAGCUUGCGUCGUGAUCGAUUGCGGAUCGGAUCUCAGUAUUAAUAUUGGUCGUUACUCAUUCUUCAUCCAGGUACGUUGUCAGUUCAUAGACAUACGUGGGAACCAAUUGGCUUCCGGUGAUUUGCCAUUGUCCAUUACAACAACUAAGUUGGGUAGUCAUCUGGUUAUAUUUGAGUGUUGUUUCCCUCUAAACGAAGAAGACAAUGCUCCCUUAGCUGAAGUUGAUCACGUGGAUAUACAGUUUCAUCUCAUUGAUUAUUACUACUCUCAGCUCAAAUUAAAAGGAUGUGGUAUACGACUCCCGGAGGACAGUGUUGUUGAAGCUGAAUAUAGUAACGAGUGUGGAGUGUCCCGAGACAUCAAUGUAGAGACAGAGAGAAGCAAGGGAAAACAAGGGCAAAAAAAUAAAAAGAAGAUAAAAAAGAAGAAGAAGAAGAAAGGUUCUUGGUAAGCAUAAGACUUAGUUUUAAAAACACAAUUACAUAUCAUAUCAUUCUGUGUUAUAUAUGAUGAUUGUUUCUGUAGAUGACGUGAAGGGUAACUCACAAAAAUGUUACCAGCUGGAACUAAGAUUCGAUCCUUCAUAAAAAAAUCGGAUGUUUAUGUGCAAACUAAAA